AUGUCACUAAAAUUAACAGGAAACUUCAACAGACCCCGGGGGAAAACUCUCUCUUCGCUUGAUAUUUUCUCAAUCGCCCAAGACAUUUCAGGUCCAACAAGGCUUCAAGGAAGGCUCUUGGAAGCUUUUAACGACCACAAAGCUCAACAGACUGAAAUCCUUGCAUCAGAGUUGCAAUCAAGAUGCAAUAUUGCCGAGGACGGCUCUAAUGACUCUGGCCUAAUUUCCAUCAACCAUUAUGAUUUCAGCUCCCAGGAAACUGAUAGGGUUUCUGUUGAUGAGGUUUCAGAAGAAGCCACGGAUUCAACGGGAGAUAGCCAAAAUGAUUUUGUUUCCGACGAGGACGUGAAAGACCUUGCGAGGCAUGGACUACCAUCUGCUUGUAUUUUUGUAGCUAAUCUCGCAGCUACUCAGACCGACGAUCAACUCAUGAAGAGCUUGCAGUCCCACUUUGGAAAAUUUGGAAGACUCCACGUCAAAAUUCGUAGGGAUACCAAAAGCAAUCCAUAUAGCUUUUGCCAAUUCGAGUGCGACGAGACUGCAAGAUUAGCUCUUCGUGAUGGUAGAAAUGCUAUAAUCGACUCCACUGGUCGUCGUAUCCGUUGUGAACCGGCAAAGGUUAACAGGACUCUCGUUUUAAGCAAAAUGGAUUGUAAUGUUUUCAAUGAAAAUGAUGCCCGCAAGAUUCUUUUUGGAUUUGGUGAAACCGAAACUAUGGAAUUUGCGAGGGAUGGGGAUACACUACCUGUGCGAGGAACAAAGGAAGGGAGAAGAUGUUUUGUUAGGUUUGCUUACAGACAAGAUGCUGUGGAUUGCUAUCAGUAUUUCCGUCAUCACUGCGCAUGGACUGCUGAUUGGACGAGCAACUUUUCGGUGCCGAAUGUCAUUCCACGCAUCCAGACCGUUGAGAUUGAUCCUGUUUCCAUAUUUAUUGGAAAACUUAAUCCGGAUUCAAUUGGGGAGAAUGAGCUCAGAGCAAGAUUCAGCAGAUAUGGCAUGAUUGUUGAAUGCAAUCUUGUGAACAGGGCCAGCAAAAACGGGAUUGGACGUAAUGCCUUCGCAUUUGUAAAAUACGAAGCUGAAGAGAUGGCCAAUAGAGCUUUGGAAGAAGAGAACAAUUCCCUAUUCCUUGGAAAGCACAUCCAUGUUCAAAAACGCGAAAUUCACAAAAAACCAAUUCGCAUGGCCCCUAAUGGCCCCCGCCUUGGCGGUCCUGUGACAAAUAAUCAAUUAUCUCAUAUGGACCAAGUUAGACGAUUUGGUGUCCCACAAUCAUUUCCAUUCUCUAUGGAAGCGGUUGCCGACCUUGCUGCACGCCUUAGUGUUCAACUCGCAGAACAACUCAAAUGCCAUAUGUGUACUCUAAUGACCAAAUGGUUAAUAGGCAUGGUGGAUUUCAGGGGAAUAUUCCUGGUUUGGCAUUUCACCAGCCCUUCCAACAUGGGUAUUCAGGAUUUCAUAAUGGAGCAAGCCAUCAGCCCAUUACUCAAGAGACUCCUAUUUCUCCACGGACUGUGCAGGCCACAACUCAUACUCCUCAAGACCCGCCAGUUUUUCGCCAACAGGUAG